CCAGACAGCCGGUUGUUCGUCAAGCAGGCGAUGGGCGGAGCUAGUUGGCAAUUGUAAACAUGGCUGACAGUGAGUCCGACUGCAGCCCACAGAAUGAACAAGUAAAGACGGUGUCGACGGGUCCGCGGGUGGUGACUAUCUACAAGACAGAGACAGGUUUCGGCUUCAACGUGCGGGGCCAGGUCAGCGAGGGCGGACAGCUGCGGAGCAUUAACGGCGAGCUGUACGCCCCGCUUCAGCACGUAUCGGCCGUCCUGGAUGGCGGGGCCGCCGAGAAAGCUGGCAUUCGUAAAGGAGACAGGAUUUUGGAAGUGAAUGGGGUGAACGUGGAGGGGGCCACCCACAAGCAGGUGGUGGACCUCAUCAAGUCCGGAGGAGACGUCCUCACGCUCGCCGUCAUCUCAGUUACACAGCAGGAGGCGGAGCGACUGGAGCCCUCGGAGGACACGGCGGGGUACACGUACAUAGACUACAGCGAGAAGCGUUCCUUACCCAUAUCCGUACCUGACUACCACUACCUGGAGAAGAACGGGGAGCGCUACGUGGUGUUCAACAUCUACAUGGCGGGCCGACACCUCUGUUCGCGCAGGUACCGCGAGUUCUCCAACCUGCACCUCAACCUCAAGAAGGAGUUCGUCGGCUUCAACUUCCCCAAGCUGCCCGGCAAGUGGCCGUUCACGCUGAGCGAGCAGCAGCUGGACGCGCGGCGGCGCGGCCUGGAGCAGUACCUGGAGAAGGUGUGUGCGGUGCGCGUCAUCGCGGAGAGCGACGCAGUGCAGGAGUUCCUCACGGACGUGGACGACGAGCAGGGGGGCGUGUCCCCGGUGGACCUGAAGAUACUCCUGCCCGACCGCGAGCUGGUGGUGGUGACCGUGAAGAAGAGCGCCAGCACGGAGGAGGUGUACCGCGCGGUCGUCGACAAGAUCUGCAUGAACAAGAACACGGCCAAGUACUUCUACCUCUUUGAGAUCGUUGAGUACAACUUCGAGCGGAAGCUGCAGCCGGCGGAGUUCCCCCACAACCUGUACAUCCAGAACUACAGCACGGCGACGGCGACGUGCCUGUGCGUGCGCAAGUGGCUGUUCUCGCCGGCGUGUGAGCUGGCGCUGGGCACGGACGAGCAGGCGACGGUGUUCGUGUUCUGGCAGGCGGUGGACGAGGCGAACCGGGGCCACGUGCGGGCGGGCGACCGCCUGUACCAGCUCAAGGCGCUGCAGGACGUGUCGCGCAAGCACGAGUACCUGCGGCUGGCGCGCGAGCUGGCGGGCUACGGCGAGGUGGUGUUCCCGCACUGCCCCUGCGACUCGCGCAAGGGCGGGCACGUUGUGGUCAGCGUGGGCUCGGCCGCGCUCAGGCUCCAGGCGUGCCGCGAGGACGGUGUGCUGGAGUCGCAGGUGGUGGACUUCACGUGGCCCACCAUCAAGGAGUGGGAGGUGGACGACGACUCCAUGGCGUUCUGCUUCCAGUACCAGCGGCCCGACAAGAACCCGCGCUGGGUCAAGAUAUUCACCCCCUACUACGUCUACCUGCUGGACUGCUUCGAGAGGAUACUGGAGGAGAGCAAGUGGGUGGACACGGGCGAGUGACGCUGGGUGCGACGCUAGGACCCUCCCCAGACUCCAGCCACCUAGUUAGCGUGCCAGCCGCACCUCGCACCACGCACCACCCGGUACUUAACGCCAGACUUCUCCCCUCCAGCCCUCUCGAGUUCUGCUUGCCGUUCACUGUUCCUACCAGCGCGACUUCGACGACCGACGACGGCAUCUCGCUCCAGUUUCCACGAUGAGCACCAAAAUUAAUCUCACCAAUAUUUAUCCUUAAGUUGGAUUUUUUUUGCUAGUUUUGGUAGGAAUUAAAACAGUAACUGUAGGAAUGAAACAAUUUACUUUUUUUUAAUUAGGUGCUGUGCUAGUUAGUUUUCUCUCUUCUCGAAAAUCUCAUCUACCUUGGAAUGACUUGAAGCUCAUAUAUUAGCCUAGGAGUGUUCUGUUUGUUGCUGUAGAGUAAUUGGGUAUCGAGUCAGCCGGUUUUAAACCGAUUGCAGCCACGAGUUUGUAAAAUUUAAUCUACUGCUGGUGAAUGGAAGCAGUGUUGCUGUGUAUACUGGUGCAUUUAAAUGUUUUAGUUAAUUUUUUUUUGUGCGGGGAAUAACUCGUGUGGCAUCACAGGUUUUGUACGCAACUAAUGGUGCUUGUCCUGAUGAUAUUUUUAGCACUACUGUUUUUUUCCCCUAAUGUUUGUGAAAGUAUGUGUAUUUAUUGUGUGUGUUAGUGACAGACAUGUCCUUUUUGUUUGUGUGUUUGAGUUGUGUUUCCCUACAUGGCAAGAACCUACUUUUGGGAAGGUAAUAAAAUUUUGUAGCUAAGCAAUUUCCAAUUUAAUGGCAUGACACUGAGGCCACCAAUGAACUCAAUUCUUCACUCAGUUGUGCAUUUUUCAGCCGACAUCAAGAAAUGACAGUGGUUGAGCUCUUGACUGCAUAGUCAGUGUGAAGCACAUGUAUUCAGGUAUUAUACAAUAUUUUCCCUACCAAGAUAAUUACAAGUGAUAAAAUAAAAAUGUUAGUAAUUUCUCUAUUUUAUUCGUGAUACGCUCAUUGCAUUGAUCUGAGGGAGAAAAAUUACAAGGUCAUUACUAAAAAAAGUUCACAGAAAAUUAAGCAAGUGACUCAAAAUUAAUUUGGGAUUGGAUUAAUUAAGCUUCAAUCUUUAAUACGUACAGCAGAGUUCUGCUAAUCCCGACCGCAUGAGACCGGAGACUCAGUCUGGAUUACCUAAAGUCUGGAUUGAACGGAAUUGGCCUUAAAAUGCAUGUAAUACAUGUUUUAGGUGGGUAAAAUUAUUAAACGACUUCUCUUCUCCCCACCCUCUCUUCACCCACCUUUUUCUGCAGUUUUAAUUUUCUACCGUUUUAUUCUUUGUAAGCUCUUUCUCAUCGUAGCCAAAGAACGUGAAAAAUUGGUACCUUCUGCUUUUUUUUUUGUUUUUAAUUCCCGUUCAGAUUAAUCAGCUGGGAGUCUCCUGUAUUUGCUAACGUACUUUAAAUUUCUACCAUUAAAAAAAAAGAACUGAUGUGGUGGUAGCUACAGGACACGAGUACACGCAGUGAGACAGCAACUCAACUAGCUGUGCUAGAGUAGUUAUUGUCCGUGCACUUUGCUAGGUUAUGAUAGCUGUGUCAGGUACCUAGCGACUCUGUGUGGAAAGGUAUAUAUAUGAUAGAUGGUACAAGGUGAAAUUUACUCGGCUGUAGCAAGCUACAUUUGACAGUUAUCUUUCACUGGUGAUGCCAUGUAUUGUGUUUACUUAGUUUUUAACUUUCUAGUUAUGUAUUUUAAAAUAUGAUUUCUUAAUUGUGUGGAUUUCAUAAUUUUUUACUUUUUUUUUUUUGCCGACAAAAUUUCACUGAAAUCUGCACUGUAGACUAUUAUCAUACUUUGUUAUUAACUACAGACACCUGUUGAUGGUAAAUUAUACUAAUGAAUGUUACUAGUAUAUUUGAAUAGAUUUUGGUGUGUUAUGUAUUUUUCGUAGCAUCGUAAUGCCUUCAUAAAGGAGAUUCUCGCUUUUCACUUCCCCCUUCCUCUCUCUUAAACCCCUUGGGUUGAACACAUGAAGGUUCCAUUCGGUAGGCACCGGUAUGUCGGCAAAAUUAAUCUUGAAACGAGAUAACAAAAAAAAAAAAUUCAUGUAAAACCCUUAUCGAAGGGAAUAUUACUGAUAGAAAUACAGCAAGCUGUUUCACUUACUUAUAAUUUUUCUGUGAAGUUUCCUGAAGGGAAGGUUAUAUGUAAAUUGUUUCCAUUGACCAUAGUUCCAUAGAGUACAAACUGUUGAUGCUUUGUUUGUAAAUAGAGGGGCUCUUAUCUGUCAUAACAUUGACUGAGUUUUGUCUGAGUGUGGUCCAUGCAGGAAGUAGUUUUUAUUUAACUGGAGUAGUUCACUGUAGAUAUUGUGAAAUCCCAAUAACAAAACAAUCAUGAACGAGGUUACACAAAGAGAAGAGAAGCUCGAAGCUGUGUGCAUUGUAAAACUGUUUUUUUCAUGUUGUAUGCUUAGAAGUGUGUGUAUGUGUGCAUUGUGCCAUUCCCGUGUGCUGUUUAGACCAUAGUGAGAGUUUUGAAUAUACGGUAUAAAUUACUUUUGAAUAUUACAUAGUUGCAUUUUUCAAGCUAUAGGUAGGCUGCUUAGAUAAUCACCUAUCACUAGAGACCGGAAAAAUUCGCGGAAUCAUUUCGUGAUAGGCUGAAAUUCAAACAUGUGUACAAUUCUGCUGGUUCUGCUAUUGGCUCGCAGUUAAACUGGAGCUCUCUGGGCCAAUGAGAGACUAUCGACCAAAGAAGCGCCGAAUCACAAGCUACCCAGUGGAGACGCCUCACAAUUUAGUAGCCAAUGAACACGCGUGUUUACUUGAGAUGUGCAGAGGAUAAUGGAGGCUAUCCUAGAGGUCAUUGAAUCCGCGAGUUUUUCCGGUCCCUACCUAUCACCUACUGUCCGAGCCAUUUAUCUAUGAUCUAGUCUGCCUUGGUAGUCUGCCUAUCAUGUAGUCUUCAGAGGCAUUAUAUCACCUAAUCUCACUAGUAGUUCACCUAUUUGCCAUUACCUAUUUUGCCUGGACAUGUUUACCUAUCAACUAUCACCUAGUUUGCCUGGGAAGUUUUUUAUUACCUUGCCUAGCACCCAGUCUGACUAGGCAGAGUAUCUAUCGUCUUAUCUGCCGAGACAUUCUACUGAUUAAAUGGUCUUCACAGGUUGUCUCCUUAAUAGCGUCUCUCAUCCUUAGAUUGCAGUGUUCGCUUUAACUGGCAUUUACUCUCUCUUUCCCAUGCACAAUGUUUGCCCUUGGUGCUAUCCUUGUAUCUGUGCACUCUGUUGCCAGAUAUAUGCCAUAGAGCACGAAAGGUUUAAACAACUUUAUAAUGUAAUAAAAUUUUUUUUUUUAAUGGUUAUGAAACCAUGUAUUUUGCAAAAGAAAAUUGGAUUUAGAAUUUUGGAACUACAUUUUCGUGUUGUGUUUCAUCAUGAAUCUCAUUUGAUAAUAUUAAAUUUCACUUCUAAGGAGAUGUAACUGAGAGAUGCCAUUUUAGUUUGAACUUUUUUGACGUGACAACGUCUAAUAAAUCAAUGAACGCCGGCUGCACGCACGAAAGUGUUCCACUACGGAUAUCCCACUACGGAUGUUCCUGUUUGCUCAUUGUACGCAUGCGUGGCAUCUCUCUUCAUGCUCAUUGUACGCAUGCGUGGCAUCUCUCUUCCACUCGAUUGGAACAACCAUCGAUUUGACUUUUCAAUCAUAUUUUCGUCGUUUGAAUUAUUAAUAUUAUGUAAUUUAACGAUCGUCCACCGAUUUUCAGCACAAUCGGUACGGUUAUUUAAAAGUAAUGUUGAAAAUUCAAAUACGUUUUGAACCAACAAUGGUGUUUUACAGUUACACAUAAUUCAAAUUACAACCGGGAUCUUUUGCACAAUGUUUUAAAAAAUAUUGUAACACCUUAUAAAUAAGUUUGGUGUAUUUGGGAUGCGUAUUUGUUAUAAAAUUGAGUUAUUAAAACGAAAUAAUAUUAUUCCCCUAUCGUGAACAAAAUUUUUAUAAAGGUAUAUAUAACAUCUAAAACUUUCAAUUAUCAAAUAUGGCCUCGUGGCUGAGCGGUCAGCGGCGCUAUUUUCUAAUUGUUAGGUGUUCAGUUUGAAUUCUGGCAGGUGCGAAAUUUUUUUUUCAACUUGUAAAAAUAAAUAUGGUGCACGUAACAUUUCAAAAGUAAUAAAUAUAUUUGAAUAAUGAAUGCAAAUAAAAGUAAAUUUAUCAAUUAAAUUGUACAUUUCAUUUCACUCCUUUGUAUUCAUACAAAAUUGUGAUAAUUCAAUAAAAAUGAUUCAAUUUUAUUCAUAAAAGUAUGCAGAGGUAUAUUUUAUCAUACAAAAGAUAGAAAAAUUAAAAAAAAUUCUUCCUCAAAGAAUAUAAUAUUUUUAAUGCCUAAAUGGUUUGGUUGCAAAAACCUAUUACGGCUCAGUCUCAGGCCGAAUAUGAUAUUUCCUUUUCUUCUGGAUCAAUCAUUUCAUCAAUGUUUUGUUAUGACGUUGUCACGUUAAACUAUCGUCCGUAAACAGACUUUACAGACAACCAAUUUUUUUUUUUAAUAAAUGUUUUAUAUAAUUUAGUAUCAAAUAUUUUGGCUCUGCACAUACCACAUAAUUUAAUAGUGCCUUGUUAAUACUGACUGGAUGCUACAAAUAGUUUCUCCUGUGAAAUAAUAGUUUGUGAUUAGCAUUGAAUUCCUUUUUUUUUUCCCAGUAUGACUGCAACAGUAAUAAUACUGUUAGCAUACACUAUUUUCUGGUGGUGGAAAAAUCAAGUCAAAUUAAAAAAAAAAUAAACUUAUUGUAGUUAAUGAUGUUAAUGCCAAAUAAAAUUGUUAAUGUUAAUGAGAGUGGUUGUAUCUGUCUGGCAACACUGGGUGACAUUUACUCUGUACUACUGUAUUGCAAUCUAAGCCUGAUGCACACUACAGGCAGUAUAGUUACCAUCUUGAGUUUAACGAUGUGAGCACAUUUUUAUCAUAAUACUACCUACAUAUAGAAUUUGUGUUGGUCCUAAUAUGCCUGCACAUUGGAGACAUGAACAUGGUAGUAAGUGUGGCUCAGGCUAGUGCAUCCACAGGGGGGCUAGCAACUGAGAAAACCUGGAAAAGUCAGGGAAUAUUCAGCAACAGAGAAAAGUGAGUGAAUAUUCAGCAACAUAGAAAAGUAAGUGAAUAUUCAGCAACAGAGAAAAGUAAGGGAAUAUUUAGCAACAGAGAAAAGUCAGCAAAUAUUCAGCAACAGAGAAAAGUCAGGGAAUAUUCAGCAACAGAGAAAAGUCAGGGAAUAUUCAGCAACAGAGAAAAGUCAGGGAAUAUUCAGCAACAUAGAAAAGUAAGUGAAUAUUCAGUAACAGAGAAAUCAGGGAAUUUAUUAGGUAGUCAGGGAAAAAUUUAAUGACAAAUUUUUUUUUUACUAAGUUGAUGAAAAUUAAACUUAUAGCAGAGACUUCUUUGAUUUGUACUGGUUCCACGUUCAUGCCCUUUCUUUCCUUUCCCAACCCGUAUCGAAGUAUUACAAAGAAUUUUCCCUCCCCUUAAUUUUUGCUCAUAAAUGCCUGUAUCGGCACUUUGAUUACGCGCAUUGACUUCAGUGCUAUCAAAGUAGUGCGAUAAAAUAAUUUUUAAUUGCAAUUUUUAAGUGCAAUAGUAAAGUGUGGUAUGCCUUUGAGUCACGAUUUUGAAUUUAAAUUGUUGAUAGCUAUUGGAGACUAAAUAGUAUCUGUUGCCAGGGAAAUAUUUUUGUUUCAAACCUGGAAAAGUAUGGAAAAUUUCAUUAUUGCAGGUUUUGCUAGCUGCCCCGAUCAACUGCGACAUUGCGUCAACAUGCACGAUGCUGAAGUAGCAUGCAGCCCGUACGUCGGGCUGCGUGACCUCUUCCGCGACUUCAAACUGUAGAACAUACCACAGUUUCACAAAUACGGCUAUGUUGUGCAAUUGUAAGAUUAUAGUGAAGCAAUUAUUAAAAUUAUAUAGUCCAUUCUUUUUUUGAAGGGCUUUUAGAAAAAAGGUUAACAAUAAUGUGCAAGUUUUCGUAGAAGUUAUGUUCUGAACAGUCAUGAAAUACGAAGAAGUUUAAUUUUAAUUUUAUAAAAAGCAAAUGCAGAUAGAUUGAGUAGUUUCUUUUAAAAAAAAAUAUGUGUUUUUAAAAUUUUUUUAAUCAUAAGUGUAGAUGUUUUACAAUAUGAUACAAAAAACAUUUAUGAUGGUUGUGUUGGUAAAUUUAAAAAUAAUAAUCCCAUCUUCUCCCCUUAUUUCCCUCCAAUUUAUUUUAUUACUAGUUGAUGUUCAGUGUUAAGUUGAGUUUCCUAAACCGGGAAAUGGCAGCUUGAAUUAGUUCCUCUUGACUGUGUGUUUCUGGGGGCAAUUGUUUCUGAUGUUUCUUGAUUGCUCUGUGAUAAAAGGCAGAACGGCCAACUGUGGAAUGGCACUUUGCCGUCUGUGUGUGAUGAAGAGAAGCUUCACCUGUAUAUAUGUCAGCUGUGUAUCUAUUCUGUGUCCACUUUGUUACAUGUACAUAAUGUACUCUGUGAAUAUUAUAAAUAAGAUGAUUGAUUAUCUACAUGCCUAAUAUUCAUUAUUAAUAGCCAGUGAGAAUAUUAUGUAUAAUACAAAUAUUUAUUUUCGUGCUACGCAUAUGGAGUAUUUAUAUUUAUUUUAGGACGGAACGUUGUUGCUGGCAAAUGACAAUUGAUUGUUCUUUCCUGUAAAUGAUUGUACAGAUAUAACGUUUAGAAGUUCUCGCAUGGUAUGUGCGAAUUGUGAGUAAGGUUGCUCGAUAUUCCUCCACGUAUUACUUUUUCUAUGAUGUGAGUUUUUGUUUGUAGUGAAAAACUUACCUUGUGUAAGUUUUUUUUAUUAGCAAAUUUAUGUUUAAAAAUUACAUACACAUAUGCUGAGUUUUUGAAAUGACGUUCUUGGAACCAAAACGGCUUGGAUUUUGAGGAACCAAUGAGAGUGAAGAUGCAGUUUCAGCCUCAGCGAUGCACGAUCCCGCCGCUGCCAGACAGCCAAUGAGCUUGCUCGAUUGUCCCAUGUUGGUUUCAUCUGCCAAUGGAAACUCUUGUAACUAUGGAGCAAAGGCAGUGUAUUUUGGGACUUUUUUUUUUUCCAGGCAUGGAGUAAAACUCUUACCAUGACACUUGCAGUGAAGUUCACUUAGAGAUACCACAAGCAACACGUUAGUACAUAUUUUCUUGGCUGUAAAAGUAAAAUGGUUACAUACAUCGUACAGUAAUUAUAUGGAUUUUCUUUACUGUGUGCUCCAUUAUAAAAGCAUGCUGCAAGUUAAUUUGAGUUUGGCUCUAUGGUUUUUUUUUAAAAUUAUUUAAAGUAUUUUUCACACAGAUUCUAAUAUUUUAAUGAUUCAGAAAAGGAUUUUUGUGAUUUUAAUUUUAUACACAUUUUCAACUUUCAAGUAAUUUUAGUCCUCACUAAAUACUCAUAAAAAAGCACUACACAAAUGCUUUAGCUGUGACUGCGUUGUCUCAAAAUGUAUAAGCUUUAUUUAUCACACUAAAUUUAGUUCCUGUGAUAAUUUAUUUUGUACUGUGUGACAUCUUUUUUUAGACUGACUUUGUGCAUCUGCUGAUGGAAUAACGUGUAACACUUUUAAGUACGUUGAUGAAAAUAAACACUUUUAAAAUGAAUUAAAAUGACAGGUAUGUUAUAUUACCCACAAAGUAUGUACAUUACAAUAAUAAUAAUAAUUCAUUAAUGUGAAGUUGAAAUCAGUUCUAAAAAGUUAAUUUAGCUUCUAAAAAGAUGUUGUAAAAUGUCAACACAGAUUUUAAAAUUUUAUGAGUUUCUUUUCCAAUAGUUAUUGUGUUUUAGGCACAUUGCAUUUGACAACAUUUAGCUUGCUCUAUGUGAAUGUUGCAACUGUCUGUGCAUAGUUAUGUGGCCAUUACUGAAACUGAAAUACCGGCAUUAAAGUCCGUUAUUUUAACAUGCUUGGGUAUUUUUUUGUUCAUUUUUGGUUAGAUUCUUAUGCAGUUAGAAGCACAGGUAAUAUAAUUUUAAUUUUAUGCGGGACUUAUAUUACUACACAUGCACAUUUACGUAACUAUCCAUCCGUUACUACUUAUCAGAGUUUUGUAAACAGUUUGAGUUACUACAGCUGUUAAAAAGAGUCACUGCAGAAUAUUGUAGACGUUCCUCUGUGUUGAUUACUGCCAAUGAAAUAUUCUGCAUUUAUAGUAAUUCAUGUAUUUAUUCGUGGGAACUGUAGGUUAUAAUAUUCUUAUUCAGGAUGGAGGCCAAUAAAAUAAUAUUUACUGUACACUAAUUUUGUUAGGGUUGGGUUCAUUGCCAGUUUAUUGGCAUUACUGCUAAAUGAAAGCUAGUAUGAGAGUCAUUUCUCCUCGUUGGAGAUCUAGGAACAUUUCACAUAUAGUAGGUAUUCAGGAAUGUAAUUUGCUAUCACGAUAACUAAUUUUUGUUUGAAUUUUAGUUUGUCUUGGCUCUUUUUCACAUUGUUUAUGUUUUUGCACUUGAAAGCAGAUACAGUACACUCCCUAUUUAACGCGGUUGUCGGGGGACAUAACUUUUACCCGCGUUGUUGCAUAACCGCGAUGUUUCGAUGUGACCAAGGUCAAAAGGCAUAAAACACCGCCUGUGUUCUAAUAGGUCGGCAAGCACGCACAGUAUAGACGGCCCGCCUUUGUGCGGACUUUGCAUCCGCAGUUUUCACUAAACUAAAAAAUAAAAAUAAUAAAUUUUAAAGAUAAAUAUUAAAUGUUAAUUUUUUCUUUCCGCAUGCCGCGCACAGUUUGUCGCACGGCCUACGAGCGCGCCACACGCCGCCAUACACACGUGCGGCACACAAGCUGCUGCCAGUCUCGGGGUGUCAGCCACAGUAUCUGCUUCGUCUGAGUGUCCGUAACAAAGUGCAGUGUGUGCGGUUACACACGAUUCUGUGGUCAAAGUCUUCUAAAUAGAAAGGCCAUAGUAAGUAAUACUUCAAACCGAAUAUGAAUCGCAAAGUACCGAGUUUGAUUGACAAAAUAAAAAUUCUAGAUUUACGUACUUACAGAUAGCGUGUCUUUUGCAAAAGUAUGCAGCAGAUACGUGAAAAACGAUUCUAGCAUUCGUACAAUAUAAAAUAAAGGAUCGUCUAUCGUGUAAAGUGGUUAAACUUUGUUAUCCAUGCUUACAGUAAAUUAUAAAUGGUCACAUGUGGGUUACAAAAAUUGCGCCAAAAUAAUUUAAGCGCAAUCAGUGGCGCCGUAUUAAAAAGUCUGUUAAACGUUGUCUUUACUUAUUCCAUCAAACGCUGUGUCGAGUUGCUGAGUGUGUGUGGCUCGGAUCGGCAAGUGUUAUAUUCCCCAGCCUCUGGUUAAAGGUCGGGAGGCCGCUACACAUAAACAUUUCCGGGGCUUGUUUACUACCUCACGGCAAAAGUGGUACAGUAUGGUUCACGUAAGUAUUGGACCACUGGGAAUUCCUCGGCAAAGAUUAAAGAUUAAAAAUACGCUAGCUGAUUUACUUUACUAUUUAAUGUUAAAACAUUAUACCAAAGUAAAAAGAUGAACGUGUAUAAUACAACGAAUAAUAUUACGUCUGUAGGUUCAAGUUGUAACAAAACAUUUAUAUGUCUCCGCUUGUCAACACACGUGACCACGAGAAGUGUGCAGACGGAAAUGAGUGAACUACUCAAGGUCACCAGACUUCCCCCCCCUUUCGGCUUAAUCGCUCGCCCCUCUCAUCAUUGGCGCUUAUAUUCCACUCCUCCCGUCUACCCGGGUGUCUUGGUCGCAUAUUCUCGGCUCGCCUCUCCCCUCCCAGCGCUUGCCGUCAACCAAACCUAUCCAAAAUCAAUCCCCAGCCGAGUCACGCUGGAUAAUGUCGCUGGACGGUGGGCUUUAUCGGGUCCCCUGUCCGAUGCUUUAUUUGUGGGUUAAAAAAAAUGUUAAGAACUAGUGUUUCAGAAAAUAACACUGGGCUGGAUUGGACCAUAAUUUGAAAACACUACAAGAUAGAGGAAUAAUGUACGGAGAUAUCUUUUUUAGAAUUUCACUGCGGACAUUUUCUACGCCUAGGCUUUUUUCUGCCCGAUGCUUAGUUUGUGAGUUACAACGCAAAAUUAUCCUAAUCGGCUGUCAACCAUUUAUUCCAUUAUUAUUACAGUAGAACCUCGUUAAUCCGUGACGCGCUAAUUCGGGAAUCGGAUAAUCCGGGACGAUUUAAAAGUGCAGAAAAAAAAAGAGAAGUAAAAAUUGUCAGCGCUUAAAAUUAACGUCACGCGGGCCGUCCGCCGGCAAACACUGCAAGCCUUCGCAUGGGCCGCCAAACUCUGCAACGCUGUUUGUACCGACCCUUUGUGUCGUCCACCUUUCAGCUGUCACAUUUGUCACUCUUUAAACUUGAGGGGGAUGUCCUGACUUCUGCUUCCCGUCUCCCUUUGUUUGUUUCCACCCGCCAACGCACGGCAGGCGCCUGGCGAGUGACGUGUCUGGCUGGCAUUCGGCUGGACGAAGUGGGAUAGGUGGGGGGAGGGGUGGGUGGGGUAACCCAAAAUUUAUGUGUGCAAGUUCAGCACAAUCUUAUCUUUCUCUCUUCGGCUGUUGUAAAUGACCCUGAACUAAUGGCUAGGCAGUGCCGUAUUAUUUUAAGCCGAGACUAAUUCGAAGACGGCCCUUACCGUGAACAGAUUAUCCGGGUUUAUUACUUUUUUUUUUACAGGAUUUUAAUUAUCCGGGCAUCGGCGGGUCCCAAUUAACACGAAUAAUGGAGAGUUUACUAUUUUUUAUCCAUCUGCUGCCAAGGCGCAGUAAGCCUCGGGAGAUGUUACAUCACAUGACCUUGGCCUUAACCCAGCUGCACGCCGGUGUCUGAGAAGCUUGACAAGACCUUCCGGGCUUUUAAUCGUUAGUCCGUGAAAUUCGGUAAUCCGUGAUUAUCUCGGUCCCGACCAUCACGAAUUAACGAGGUUCUACUGUGUUAUUAUUAUUACUAUUCAUUUCUGAUUGGGGGACAUGGUUUGACCCGCGAUAUACCCGAUUCCGCGAUCCAUCGGGGCGCGGUAUACCGGGAGUUUACUGUACCAGCAGAAAGCUAUUUCUUUUUGGCCUGUUAUCAAUAUAUGUUAGAAUUCACAAGAGAGCAUCCUGGGUUGCAGUAAUUUACACCUUCGCCCAGCCCUGUAUUCAAAAAAAGACUAGCACCAGUUGAACUAUUGGUCGGUUGGAGUAAAGAGGUACAUAUUUGGCCACAUAGGACAUUUUUGGCUUGUCAACGUGUUAUACUGCCAUUAUGCCAUGUUUAGAACAUAUUACUGAUGUACAAGAGAUCAGUAGAGAGAAGACUGUGUAAUCUCUAAAUUGUCAUCAGUAAUUUGAAUAUUUUUUUUUGUAAAACAAAUUGUAAUUUUGGAUUUCAUCUGUGUAAGAGCACAAUAUCAGUUUUUUAAUUUAUGUGUUAAUGAUAUGCUUUACCAAUGGAAUUCUUGUUAGAAAAUUUUUCCCAUAGGAAAAAAUUUGUAAAGUACGUAGUACAUGUGUUUGAGCAGUUGGCAUUUUUAUUGUCCACAGCUGAUAAGGAGACUAAAGUUACAGUGUCGUAGGGAGGGUACAUUUUUAUUCUUGCAUCAUCAUACUACUUCAAAUAUUAUAAAUUCAAGAAACGCCACAUAUGUGAGAUUUGCUGUGGUUCUGAAGGCAGAGGAACAUUGCUUCCUGAUCCUACCAGGAAGCUUGUUUUAUUAUUAUAAUUUUGUUCUGUACAAGUAUUUUGUGAAAUUAUCAAACAUCAUCUUUUGUUUGUCCCACAUCAUUGGAGAUGUUUCUACUGCACCCGUAGCCGCCUACUGUACAUUCCAUUUCACAUUUGUUGGAUGUAAUGUUUAUGUUCCUGCUGCAAUAAUUAUUGUGAAAUAUGUAUGUCUGAAACAACUUUACAUUUUAUGUACAGUUUUAUUUUUUCUGUAUAAUGAAAUAAUAAAUAAAAUUAUAUCUCAGA